AUGUCACGACCCUCUUUACCCGCCACCACCACCACGAGCAGGGGGAAUCCAAACCAACAACAACAACAACCAAUGAAUCAUAAUGUUGACACCUCUAUGGGUCUUUUAAAUUCCAAUCACAUGAUCCAUUUAAUGUCCUCCUCCUCUUCUGGUACAAUCUCGAAUUCUUCUUCAACAACACAUCAAGUCUUCAAACAAGGAUAUUUAUCUAAAAAACCACUCAAAGCCAUCUCAUCCAAAUCCAAUUUCAAAUAUCGUUUCAAAGGAUGGAAAAAGAGAUGGUUUGUACUAUCACGAACGAGUCUCUAUUAUUACAAAGAUGCAGCAGCUGCAGCAGCAGCACAAAUUCAAAUGCAAAAUUUGAAAAAUGUUGUAAAAACAAGUAACACUUCAUUUCAUGAUUCAUCAUCCUCUCAAUUUGGUCAACUCUCAGACAAGUAUCAACCAUUAGGUAUUAUUUCACUCGUAGAAGAUAUUAAAAUUGAAAAAGAUGAUUUGGAAUCUACUGAAAGUGGAAUGUUUGUAUUCAAAAUUAGAACACCCUAUGCGGUACAUUUAUUAGCAGCAAGUACGGAUUUAGAGAGAAAGGAAUGGAUUGAUUGUAUUGUUGGAAUCUCGGGUGCUAUUCAAAUGUCUAAAUUAGUACAAUAUGUCACGAAAUUACAAGUCACAAUUAUUGAAGCUAAAUUAAAUGAUGAAUUGGUACAAGAAUUGAAUUUAUCAAAUCAUCAAGAGAGUCGUAGUAAUAAUAAUCAUGAACUCGUACCAGCUCAAAAUAGUAAUAAUCAAAUGUUGAAACAACACUCGAAAAAUACUUCUUCUACUGACAAUAAUAACAAUGAUAAUAAGAACAACAAGAACAAUAAGAACAAUGAUAAGAACAAUAAGAACAAUAAUGUGAAUACUCUGAACUCGACAACAAGAAAAUCCGAUGUUAUUGAAAAUUCUCAAUAUCAAGUGAGUUGUAAAGUGAAAAGUAAUUUUCAAGAAUUUUCAACCAUUGCUCAAUCCAAAACCAUCACACCCAUUUGGAAUGAAACCUUUGUAUUGGAUAUGCCUCGAUUUCCAAUGGAAAUAUUUCUCAUAUUGGAAUUAACUGAAACGAAAGAAACCAAAGUAACCAAUCUUCUCUCACACCAACAACAACAAAAGAAAUUAACACAAUUUACACAAUACUCUCGAAAUGGUCUCGUGAAAAUGACCAUCUUGGAACCUGAUUUGGUGGAAUCUGUACAAGCACAACAACAAGAAUCGAAUGAUUUGGUCAAUUUAUCCUAUUUUCAAUUAACAAAUCAAAAUGCAAGUGCUGCCAAAUCAUCGUUUGAAGUGAGUUUUGAAAAAUGGUUCAAUGCCAUUCUCGAACAAGAUGAUGGAAAUGAUUUUAUUGCAAAAAAGAAAUCUCAAUUUGUUGUGGAUGAAGACGAGGAUGAGGAUGGAGAGGAUGGAAAUAAUCAUGGAAAUGAAAAACAUCAUCAUCACAAUCUCAUGAAUGAAUUGUAUGAACCUGCCAUGACUCAACUCAAACGAAAAAAGAGAAAUCUUGGUAAAAUUUAUGCACGUGUCGAAUACAUCUUUGAAGAUAUGCAAGGAUUUCCACUCUCUUAUCAAUCCAUUCAAAAUCAAAUUAGAGAAGCAAUACGAAUGCAAAAUGAAUUAAUGAACAAGAUUUUAAAUGGAUCACAAACGAGAAAGGAAAAUACUUCUCAAAAAAAGUUAUUGGGAUUGUAUCAAGAUCAUUUUGUUGAAGAUGAAGAAGAAGAAGAAUUGAAAAACAAGUCAAAACAAAACAACAAGAACAGUAAUACCACCACUACCACCACUCCAUCCAAUGCACCCUCUUCUGUGGAUUCUCUUCUCAAUGAACAAAAAAAGAAACAUCGUCGACAACUCAUCACUCGAAGAUAUAAACAAGAAUUAGAUCGAGUCAUGUCUGAUCGAAAUGCAGAGUUAUUGAAGAGAGCACAAGAAUCUCAAAAAACAACUCUUGAAAUGUUACAAGAAAGUAUUCAAGAUCGAAAAAGACAAUAUGAAAAUAUUGAAAAUGAAUAUCAAAGAAAAGAAUUUGAACAACAAAAGAAACUUCAACUCAAAUUGAAACGAGAAGAAGAGCAACGUCUCAAAGAAAUCAACAAGACACUCAAACAAAAAGAAUACGAAAAAAAAAGACAACUCUCCAUUCAGACCAAUCGAGAGAAAUUACUCGAUGAACGAAAUCGUAUCAUUGAAAUUUUGAAAUUCAAAGCAGAGAAAUCCAAACACUUUGAAAAGUUACAUAAUGCCAUCAAACAAGAAGAGGAACGAGCUACUCAAGAGUUAGCCUCAACCAUUGAAAAGAAGGAACGAGAAUUUAAACUCAAGGCUCAACGUCGUAUUGAAGAAAAUGAAGAACAAAUGUUACGAGAAUUGGAUGAAAAGAUUAAGAGAGAAGAAGAAUUCAAGGCCAAGAAUUGA